UAUACGAUCGCAUGGAUCUGUGCCUUCUACUGGAGAUGGCAGCCGCGAAGGCGAUGCUUGAUCGCACUCACCCUUCGUUACAGCAGUCGAGAACCGACGACAAUAGCUACACCCUAGGAAGCAUCCAUGGCCACAACGUUGCGGUGGCCUGAUUGCCUAUCGGCAUCUAUGGAAAAGUAUCUGCCUCAACCGUGGUAGCUCAGAUGCGUGCGACUUUCCAGAACAUCCAGCUAGGGUUGAUGGUUGGGAUUGGCGGCGGAGUCCCCAGCGUCGACGCGGACAUCCGCCUUGGUGAUGUUGUCGUGAGCAAGCCAGCCGACAUUUACGGUGGGGUGAUCCAGUAUGAUUAUGGUAAAUCAAUCCGCCACGGGAGAUUUCAACGCACUGGUUCAUUCAAUAAGCCCCCGCUGGCGUUUUUGACUACCGUGUCUCAGAUGCAAAGUGAUAGCAUGGUGGGAAGACAGUCGGUGCAUGAGGUUAUCGGCGAUGUAUUGUAGGCGAAUGAAGAUACGAGAAAGCGUUAUAGUCGGCCAAGAGAGGACCAGCUGUUCUCGGCCACAUAUGACCACCAAGAUGAGAGUCUGGGGUGUUGCCGAUGUGAUGAGAGCAAGCUAAUUACGCGCCCCCCGCGGGCAAACAACAACCCCCGUAUACAUUAUCGUUUGAUUGCGUCGGGGGAUCAGGUGAUGAAAGACGCCACAAUCCGGCUGCGCUAGCUGCUACUGCCUACGCAAGGGUUUUAUUGUCGUUUGUUCCUGUCAGCUGCCAAAAGAAGGAUCUGCAUCUGUCCCCGCAAGACCAGAGCGCGAUGCAGCACUGCUGUGUCACUGAUAUGUCAACAGAGAUCGGGUCCCUUCAGCGCCAGAAGGAUAUUCUGCUCUAUGAUUCUUACAGCUGGGUACUCCCCACCCAGGAGUUUAGGAUCUUCGUCGACUGGAGCGACAGCGGAAAG